AUGUCGUUGUUGAUACGUUGGCUCAGCGCGCUUCUUGCGCUGCUCGCCACCUUGGCCGCUGUCUCCCUCGCCGGUCCGAUGCCCGCGUACGACCCCGCCGUCCUCUCACUAACCGAGGGCAACUUUACCAGCUGCACCGACAAGGGCAUGUGGCUCGUCGAGUUCUUCUCGCCCUACUGUCCGCACUGCAAGAGGCUCGCACCCACCUGGCGCGACCUCGCCGACGCCGAACGCCACCUGGAGGACUCGUCGGACUUCCACAUGGCGCGCGUCAACUGCAUUGCGCAGGGCGACCUGUGCUCGCGCAACAACAUCCUCGGAUACCCGUCCAUCGAGCUCUUCCGCGACGGCACCUGGGCAGAGACCUACGAGGGCGAUCGCUCCUUCGACGACCUCGACGCCUACAUCCAGGCAAGGGCGGCGGAUAACCGCAAACUCAUCGCACUCACACAGAGGUUUUCAAGCUAG